GACUUCGAGGUUGAUAUGUACUUGGCUUUAGGAUGGUACGAUCGGCGUCUGUCGCAUAAUUGUACGCAUCCCAUACUCAUCACACACAAAUUUAUUGCGGAUCGUUUGUGGCAGCCGGACCUCUAUUUUGUAAAUUCCAAAUUUGCCUACCUCCAAGAGGUCACCACGCCUAAUUUCAUGCUCAUCGUCUAUCCAGACGGUUUGAUCUUCAAAUCAAUGAGGCUGGAUGUUACCCUGUCGUGUAUGAUGGAUUUACAGCGAUUUCCGAUGGAUAAGCAGGAAUGUCCUCUCCUUAUUCAAAAUGCCUAUGUGGAAAAUCUUGUAAAUUUGACGUGGCACGAAGACCCACCUUAUUUUCCAUUCGGCAGUAAUAGUGAAAUAAAGCUCAACGACAUGGUCAUCACGCAAACGACGUUCGAAAAGUGCAUUACUCCUUACCCGAUGUUUCGCGGUUCC